CAAACGGCGUCGUUACCAUGACAACCCAAAUUCGUCUCCGAACAGAAGCUGGAGGGUACGACGCAACUCAACCGUUGUUCGUGAGGAGUUUGUAAAAAGGCUGGAGGGAGAAAAAGCGAUACAUUAAUGGAGUCGAUAAUGGAGGAGGAGGAUGUUCCGACAGUCACUACAGAGUCCCAACCUGAAGGAGAGUUGGAAGCUUCAGAGGAGGCUGCCGCUGAAGAGUCCAAACAUGACGACGAGUUAAAAGCUUCAGACGAGGUUGUCCCUGAAGAGUUCAAAUAUGAAGAGUCAAAAGCUUCCGAGGAAGCUGUCGCUGAAGAGUUCAAAGUUUCAGACGAGGCUGUCGCUGACGAGUUCAAAUAUGAAGAGUUAAACGUUUCAGACGAGGCUGUUUCUGAGGAGUCCAAACCUGAAGAAGAGUUCAAAGCUUCAGACGAGGCUGUUUCUGAAGAGUCCAAACCUGAAGAAGAGUUCAAAGCUUCAGACGAGGCUGUUUCUGAAGAGUCCAAACCUGGAGAAGAGUUCAAAGCUUCAGAAGAGACUGUCGCUGAAGAGUCCAAAAUUGAAGCAGAGUUUCAAGCUUCAGACGAGGCUGUCAGUUUCUUGACCUCCAUAGAGCCCGAGGAGCUGCAGAAGUGUGUGUUUUCAGAGACUCUGAUGGUGAUGUCUGAGAGUGGCGGCAUCCUGGGGGAGUUCAGUGUGUCUGUGGAGUUCACCCACAGAGCCCUGGAGCCCUGCGUGAUUCUGCACGCUCGGAGCCACGGAGCUAUCGACGGCUCUCCCUGUGGAACAACGGUGACUGCUUAUCUAACCGCUGAUCUGGAGGUCCUGGAGGAAGACUACCAUGAGUAUGUCAAGCUCGACAGUUACAAUGUUGAGAAGAGGAGUCACAUGGUGCAACGUGGCAAACAGAUGGUGAUCAACAAAUUCACCGCCAUGGGAGAGGACGUGACCGAGGAGGAGUGUGUGUCUUAUCCCAUGUCUGUCUUGUGUGGCCUGGUCACCGAGGGAUCCAGCAUGCUGUUGAUGCGUCUCAUGGCUCUGAGGAAGAAGGUUCCAAAGAACAUGGUCUUCAUCAUCUUGGACCAAAGUUUACAUAUAAAUCAGACCACUUUUAGUGAGCUGGACGUGAAAGAAAUGCAGGUUCGCGGUGAGACCGUGGAGGUAUUUGGGCUUGAGAGGAUGGUUGGUUCCGCUGAUGCCGACCAUUCCACGUGGCACUGCUACUUCCUUGAUAACGGUUACUUGGCCAGCAGAAAACAGGUGGGAUCUCCAGUCACAAUGAAGUUUAUACAGGAGCUUUCAAAGAAAGGCAGAGGUCGUAUGAAGAUCCCUCUGGUGUGGCAGGAGGACAUGCAGUUGUACUCUCUGUAUUUGGAUAAAAAGGACUUCCUGAAAGCAGAACACAAUUCAUACCUGAGGGAGCACCCAGAGCUCCGAGCCCUCCUGUCCGAUUUCAUACAGGACUUGCUGAUUGUGAAACCGGACAACAUCUUCCAGUUUGCUCGAGAAUACUUCCCUCCUUAUUCCACCUACCAUUCCCCGGAGUCUAACCCGAAAACCCCCUCACCCUGAAACACUUUAACAGGAACAUCACCCACACCUAAAAACAUUAUUUUAUUACUCCA